UUUCUAAGGCUACAGUAAAAAACAACAACAACAACAACAACGUUGUAGCAUGGAUAAGAAACUGGACCUAUCCAGACUCACAGAUGAGGAGGCCAAGCAUGUGUGGGAGGUGAUCCAGAGAGACUUAGAACUUAGGAAGAAAGAGGAGACGAGACUCGGUGGUUUAAGGACAAUAAUUGAGAAAGAGGCCACAAAGCGAGAGCUCCUGACCUCUCAGUCCAACCUCACUGAUUCCCACUGCAUUCGCUGCCUGCAGCCCUUCAAGUUCCUGGUGAACAGCAAACGGCAAUGUCUGGACUGCUGUCUCUACACCUGCAAGACUUGCAGCCGCUACAGUACGAAGGAUCAUGGAUGGGUGUGCGAUCCAUGCCGAAUGUCCCGGAUCCUAAAUAUUGGAACUCUGGGCUGGUAUCACGACAACAUACGCUCUCGCUUCAAGCGUUUCGGCAGCGCCAAAGUGAUGAGGUCCCUUUACAAGAGAUUAAACGAAGAGGGUCGCCGUGACGAUGACGUGCAAUCCGUGCCUGACGUCCACAAUGUAUACAAUGGACAUGAUGAUGAGCAUAUGGAUGCAAUGGAAGCACAGCGUUAUAAACAGAUACGAAAGACAAAACGUUUACUCUCUGUCCACCCUAUGGACCUGGAAAUAGAUGACUAUGGCAGCCAUUCCCGCCGACAUUCUGUGCAGUAUGUACAAGAUGAACGUGGAAUACCGAGGAAUGAUUUGGAAUACAACGCUGACCAUCACCAUCAUCACCGCAUAAAUCGGAGGAAGAGCCUGGAUCGUGUCUCACGACCAGAUGAUGGCUUGUACUCUGAGCACAAGAUGGUCCGUGCUCGCUCUCUAUCCAAGAUCCCUGCCUUACCACAGCGCUCUUACUAUCUGGACACCUCAGAGGAGGAGGAGGCUUAUUGUUUCCCAGUCUAUCAACUCCCAUCACGCCGACGCAGUCGUGCCUCCUCUCAGGAAAACAUCACUCACAGCACUCCUCCAAUUAAUGAACUGAACAAGAGAAUGUUUGCCAUUGAGAGUCUCCUGAAUCGACUGGAGGUGAAGAUGGCUUUGCCUAAUGAUCAGCAGGCGCAAGUCUCAGCAAGCCAGCUGGAGGAGGAGAAGCUGAAAAAGAAGUUGGAUGAGCUGAUGAGUGACAGAGCACUGUCUUCAGAAGAGGAUGAACCUAAGAAACCCACUCAAUUCAAGGGGUCUGGUGUGAAAGGUGUCCAACACACUGAACAAGCAUCAACAAGACAGGAAGCAGCCUUGAGCUCGUCUAGUGAUGAGAUGCCUACUGAGACUCAGAAGGUAUAUCUGACAGCCGGGAAUUCAUUUGACAUGGAGAGGAAGCUGAGGCAGAUUGAACGGAGUGCUAUGAACCAAUAUACAGGCCCUCUCACUGACUCUGAACUCUCUGAGCUGGAGGAUCAGCUUGCAGCAGCUGCUGCUAAAGUGCACAACACAGAGAGCGAGGUGUCAGACAUCGAGAAUAAAAUUGCUGUUCUUAAUGCGUCAGGAUUAUCAAUAGAUAAAGCCAAGAAAAAGGCAUCAAGCAUGCAAAAAAGAAGAAAGUCCCAAGACAUCCCUAUAAAUAGAGUACAUUUUUGAACCUGAACAUGAAGGAAGCGCUGAUUUAACAAUAAUUUUCUACAGCUUUAAUUCACACUACUGAUUUAACAACAUUACUUUACUUUGUUCUGUUGCUCUACUUUUCUUUAUACCCAGAGGAAGUAUUGUAAUCUAGCACAAGGACCUUUUUCCUGUCCUUUCCACAAAUUUGCUGUGACAUAUAAAAAUACAUGAGACAUGCUUCUAUAAAUCUUUCCUCUAGCUAUGACUUAUCAGUUAUGAACUGUUAUGAAUGCUUAAAUGUUUCUUUCUUUGGAGUAAAAGAAACAUGUAAAAACAAAUUCCCAUGAAAACCUUAUUUGGCCCUUUUUCAAUUACUGGUUAGAUAUGAUCUAAUAUUCAACACUGUGGCAUUAUUAGCAGCAUGCAGUGUUCAAUUUGCUUUAGCAUGUUAAAUAUUAUGAUUAAAUGUAUAUAUAAAAGACCUCUCAGUGGACUGCUGCUCCAAAGCACAUGUUCCUUGCUUAAGGACUACACAAAUAACAUCAUGUCCCUUCACCCAACCCAGAUUACACCCUCUUUCACUCAGUAAAUGUAGCUUCACCGACAAAACACACAGUAGUUUAUUAUUUUAUCAGUUUUAUUAGUUUAAUAGUUUAUUGAUCAUUUUAGGACUUAUUAGACAGACAGACAGCCAGACAGACAGACAGGCAGGCAGACAGACAGACAGAUAGAUAGAUAGAUAGAUAGAUAGAUAGAUAGAUAGAUAGAUAGAUAGAUAGAUAGAUAGAUAGAUAGAUAGAUAGAUAGAUAGAUAGAUAGAUAGAUAGAUAGAUAGAUGAUUUUGAUUCCAAAGGUAAUUCGAGCAAACAGUAGCAACAUAUAAAGGAAUAAGAUGAUCACAAACAUCCACCAUAUAUACUGUACAUGUCAUAUACAAAUGUAAAUGUCCAGCAACAGCAAGUAAAGACAAAUAAAUACAGAUUAAAAACUAAGAAACUGAGUCACUCCACAGUUUGUAUGUUUCCACC